CCAAAAACACUAGUCAUUACAGUUUUGGACACUCACAAGCACCUUCUCGAAGCCAAAGCAAACCCAACCAUCGCUUCUAAUUCCGACCAACUGUGACUUCCAAUCCUCAGUUCUUUCUAAAUCCGACAAACACCAUAAUCACACAAUUAAUCAAAGUUUCCUAAAAAACCCAUCAAGGGUGAUUUAUAAUUGAAUGAAAAUAAAAGAUGCCACCGAAGCAGCAAUCGAAAGCAGAUUUAGCAAAGAAGCAGAAGAUCAUCGAAGACAAAACCUUCGGUUUAAAGAAUAAAAACAAGUCCAAGAAUGUCCAAAAAUACGUUCAAUCCCUUAAACAAUCUGUCCAGCCUAAAAUUGAUCCCAAAAAAGUUGAUUCCAAGAAAAAGAAGGAAGAAGAGAAGGCUAAAGAGAAAGAGCUGAAUGAAUUGUUCAAGGCUGCUAUUAGUCAGCCAAAAGUCCCUAUUGGUGUUGAUCCAAAAUCUAUCUUGUGCGAGUUCUUUAAGGCAGGGCAAUGUGCUAAGGGUUUUAAGUGCAAGUUCUCCCACGAUUUGAAUGUUCAGAGAAAAGGAGAGAAGAUUGACAUUUUCAGUGAUAAGCGUGAUGAAGAAAAAGAAAAGGGAACGAUGGAGGAGUGGGAUCAGGAGACUUUGGAGAAGGUUGUGGCAUCAAAAAGUCAUGAGUAUAACAAGAACAAACCUACUGAUAUAGUAUGUAAAUACUUUUUGGAAGCUGUGGAGAAGAAGCAAUAUGGUUGGUUUUGGGUCUGUCCAAAUGGUGGUAAGGAUUGUCACUAUAGACAUGCUCUUCCCCCUGGAUAUAUUCUAAAAUCACAAAUGAAAGCUCUCUUGGAAGAGGAAACUGAUAAGAUGCCUAUUGAGGAAGAGAUCGAAGACCAGCGUACAAAAUUAACUUCUUCAACUCCUUUGACCCCUGAGUUGUUCAUGAAAUGGAAAAAGAAGAAGAUGGAAGAACGAGAGGCCAAUUCGGCUAAACUGAGGGCAGAUAGAGCCAAAAAUGAUCGCAUGAGUGGUCGUGAGCUGUUCAUGUCGGAUUCUAGCUGGUUUGUGGAUGAUGUUGGGGCCUAUGACAAGUACGAAAGGGAAAAAGAGUCCGGCGAGCCAAAGAUGGAUCAAGAUUCUGCUAAAGGCCAGCUAAACACCUUAACAACAUCCCAGGACAGUCAUGAUGGUAAAAACAUUCCUGGUAAUGAUGAGUUGGAUGACGAGGAUGAUGACCUGGAUGUGGAUGAGUUAAAUGAACUGGAAGCAAGUCUUUCAAAGACGUCAUUGCAAAUUAAUGAACCUGCUGGUCAUGCUUGAUCCUGGGAGCUAAGUGGCCUGAAAGUCCAUGCACAAGACUGUUAGAUUCUCCAGGGACCUCAUUUGUCAAAGCUUGCUGUCACUUCCCUUGAUGGUUUGCUAUAGAUCUGGAUCUCUCUGGAAUCUGGCAACAUUCAUAGUAAGUUUGACGUCAACUUUGAUAAAAGCAAACUGUGUAAGUUAUGAUUUCGGUCUUGAGUUUUUCUCCCCAUUAUCAAUAAAAUUAUUUUACCAUAUAAAAAGAGAGUUGUAUUCGGUCUUAAAUAUUUGGCAGCACUUUCUGAUCUAUGAACUGACAUAGGAACUAAGCAAAUGGGAACUAGCAGAAGGAAGGGAAUGCAACAAUGAGCCAUGAUGAAUGCAUCUAGCCCUCUAUGCAUGAAAAAUGCUACAAAUUGAACCUUUUUCAGAAUGUGGAAUCUUUGGUAAUAAUAAGCACUUUAUGUGUCUUAACGUCAACCAAUAUAUUUAUGUGGUUAAGUUAAAAUGGUCCCUUGAAGUAAUAUAUAUUGUCUCAAAUUACUUUGUUUUGUGCUUUGAUGCAUUGACCUUCAGAUAUGCAGUGCUGAUUUCCCGCAUAGGCAAAUGCAUAGGUCAGGCCCUUAAGUUUGGUAGUGCUGAAAUUGUUGCACAGGGGGAUUGUCUAGUGUUUGAGAUAUGGAAUAUAUGUUGUAUCUA